AUGGAUUAAUUACCCCCUGGUGGUUUAAAUAAGGGCUUAGUUAUAGGCUUAUCAUGUUCCUGUCCUCCUGGUUGUUAGUGCAAAUCAACAGCUAUCAGAAAUUGGCAUCAUAAAGUCUGUGGUUGCCCGUCCUACAUUAACGAGUUCGGAGAUAUUUUUUGCAAAAACUUCAAAGACAAGCCAGAAUGCUAAGGUUAUUUCAUCUAGCAUGCAAAAUUUCAAUGCUCUUAGGCCUAAAAAAAUGAUACUUGGAUCGGAUAUAGAAACGCAGCAUAAUUUAUGAUGGCCUUAGCAUAAGGAAUAUAGGCAGCAGAAUUUCAACUUAAGAAUGAUCAAAACCUUGUUCAUUUUACAUCCACGUUGAAUAAGGAAGUUUAGAGGAGAUGGAAUCUUUGAGUUUCUA